AUGGGCUCUGCAACGGUCCUCGCAUCACUCUGCAAUGGGGGUGCCGCAAGCGCCUCCGCCGCAUCAAGGUCAGGGACAAAGGAUCCGCCGCAAAAUCUGGCGUCCGGAGGGGAAUCACGUCUCGGAAUGUCCACCGCAUCGAGGUCGGAAUCGGCCGGGAGCGAGAACCAUAACUCCCGAUCUGUCUCGUCGUCGCCGGAUAAGGAUGACCGUUGCUACACGACCAGGGGAUCGGCGGCGUUGGUAUGCGAGGGCGAGAACGCCGACGAAAGAGCCUCGGCAGCCUCUCUACCUCGAUUCUUCGUUUCACUGUCGAACAAGGAGAAGGAGGAGGACUUCAUGGUGAUGAAGGGGUGCAAGCUGCCGCAGCGACCCAAGAAGAGAUCCAAAUUCAUCCAAAAAUGCAUACUCUUGGUGAGUCCUGGAGCAUGGCUGUCAGAUCUCUCACAGGAGAGGUAUGUAGUCAGGGAGAAGAAGGGAUCAAGAAAGAGGAGAAGAGGAUUAAAGGCCAUGUCCAUGGAGAGUGAUUCAGAAUGAAGCAAAAGGGAGA